GGGUUAAUAUUCCGCCUCUAGUAAGCGGCCUAGCGAAACAAAAGUACCUUAAUUUACAUAACAAGAGACACAUUCCACCAGGAAUAUGCCGCAGCUAAGGAGUCCGUGUUAGUAGUAUAUAUUUCUGCAUCAGUGCAUUGCUCAUUUGAAUGCGGAAAAUUCGAGUUGAUGCCGUUACUGUGGCAAAAAGUCGUGUAAAUUCUAGUCCAGUAGCUUUGCCUCCUUUACAAUGAAGAACUGGGACAGUUCAAGAUGACAAUAAUGUAGACAUUGAAAGGAAAUCGUUGGUUGAAGCCUUAGAACAGUAAGGUUUCGCCGAUUUGAACGAGCUGGCAACAUGAAAACAAUAUUGGGUUUGGCAGUCAUGGCUUGUGUUGUGUUUGGAGCAUCUCUAACGGCCAUCGACACAAACAGCGAAACAGGAAAAUCUGCUAGAAGACACCAGGGUAGGUGAAAAACGCAUGAUGCACCCAAGUUUUCAAAUCUUGGCUUAUUCCAUACCAUUCGUGAGUUAAAGACACUGUUCUAUUCGUAAUGUCUUGGCAGUAUAUUCUGGAAAAAUGCGAUCGCAAAAUUAGGUCAAGGGCAAUACUUGCAGCAGAUUACAGUUGUAGACUCAGAAUAUUCCCUGCUAAGAAAUUAUGUUACGAUAGGAAAUGUUUUGAUUUCGACAAGGAUGUAAUAACUCGCCUAAACGAGAAAUAAUUACUGUGAUUAAAUUAUUGAGGUAUAUUUACAUUUUGUCCCCGUGAACAACAUUAUAAGGCACUCCAGCAAAAGUUAAAAUUUGAAGCUUCUGUUUAAGUAUUAACUGAUUUUAACCGGAAAUAGUGUUACUCCAAACUUAACCCAAGUAUUUUCGCUCUUAAAAAGGUUAGAAUUAGCCGACUUCGGCAAGAAUAAAUUAGCCAGUUGUUGUGUUCAGCAAGUGCAACGAAUGGCUCGCAAAUCGACGCAGUACUCAAGUAACGCUUCUCUCUUCUUGGAUAAAAUAGCGAACUCAAAUUAAUGCAGUAGCAGAGAUCUCAUGUUACGUUGUCAAUUUUCUCUCUACACAUGUAUCGGCUGUAUAUCACUCAAGUGAAAAAGUUUGAAGGUUCCUUGAAGAAGUCAAUCAGGUUUAGUUCAUAGAUAGAGACAAUAAACGACUUGGCACUUGUGGCUUUCGAGAAUUGAUCUUCACGCACGUUAUACCUCCGUAGAAAUCGUGUAGUGCAUUCAAUCCUCUUCCAACACAACGAAUUUUUUCAACACGGCCGCCGAAAUAUAAACAACGCCAAAUCUUAAGAGUUUUAAGGCCUUCGUUGGAAGCCAUCCCAGUUUAGUUUACCGUAGUUUAAAAGUAAUAAUUCACGGUGAGUUGAUUUUUGCUCACCCGAUUGCAAUCGGGCAGAAAAUACUCUGUAACUUUAGGAGAGAGGUCGGUACAGAUAAAAUUAGUCAUUUUGGAGCCCUUCCGAUUGCUAAAAUAGUUUUUGCCACGAGGAAUUUUUACUGACCAUAGAACGUCACUGACAUUUUGCCUCGGGCUCGUCAUGCACUUUUUCUAUAAAAGGGCGAGAUUGUUUUUUUCUCCCGGUUUUGUAUUCUUAUUUUUUCAGGCUCUGCCUUUGUUUAAUUUUUCUUACUCUAAGAAAACAACUCCUCAAUGAUGAGCGAAGUUCAAAACUUAUUCCGCAAACGGAGUAAGAUAAGACACUCGUUCCUGGUAGAUAGAAACAGAUCAUAAUCCCUGUGUGUUCCAUUUUUAGAGAGCAUAUGAGUCGUCAUGGUUUUGAAGCUGGCUUGCUGUAUUUAUAAGAAGCUUGUUAAGUUUUUUGAAGAGAGAUUCAAAAAUCCUUAGAAGGAGCUCAACGCAAAUUGGGGAAUGGACAAAAUAGGGACGAGAUUAAAGGGGCAAUGUAAUUUUCUAGAGAGAUUAAUAUUUUAUAUGGUAUUAAUCGAUUGUUUGGAUCUGACUUUAAAAUAUGGAUCUCUCUGGAAAGGUGUUUAAAAUGCAUGUGCGAUAAAAAGAAACUUUCCGGGCAAAAAAAAAAAAGCGUUGGUAAAUAUCUUGUGAAAAACAUACAAUGUAGGUCAGGUCGUUGUCAAAAAUAGGACCUAGGAUUUCAAAUUUUGUCACCAGUUCGUCGACAAGACGACAUGUGUCAGGGAUGUUUUGUUGAUACCUGUUUUCAACUUUGAAUAUCGUUAGCUGAAAGGGGUUGAAAACCCGUGGUUAGCUAAAUAUAUUAGUUUUUAUAAUAUAAAAUACUAUAUAACAUUUUUAGAAGUUUAUGGUAACCAUUCGCAUCGGUGAUGUUUGCUCAAUGACAGCGUGACGAAGUUAGAACGAAAUACUUAGAUUUUGGAUGAGCUAAAUUUUGGCUGAAAUCAUAGUUACAAAAUGAUAUUUAACUCUUGACUGAGUGGGAGGGGUGAACUGGAAAUUAAGCGGCUCGAGGUCGGGACAUGCGGACCGAUGUCUUUUUGCUACUUUGUAUUUUCUGCGAGGAAAACGUUUUUUUUUUUCCACAUUGAAACCUAAACUUUGUUCGCUACAAAGUGGAACCAUAUAUCCUAGCACCCUCACCUUGAAUAGUGAUAAGAUCAUUUUAUUUCGUCUUUGUUAUCUCUUGUGAUAAGACCUUUUCACAACCUUGCUUCCUAACCCAUCUUGAUUUACACGUAUUUCGUCCGGUGUCGCGGUUGAGUUACAUUUUUAGAAAUAAUGGAAAACAGUCGAACCUACAUCAAGUGGUCACUUACGAUGAAUGAAAGGACGACCCGCAUAGAAUAGGGGUAUUUUAGAAAACGAUAAAAAAAGGCCAUUUUAUGCCAUGAUUGACCACAUAGGAUACAAAAUAUCGUUCAAAAAUACUACUAACAUUGAUUUCAGGCGAUAAACAUGGAUUCAAUUUUACUUGAAAGAUUAUUAUUAGUUUUAUUUAGUUUUAUUUUAGGGGCUCUGCUUAAAGUGUCCGUUCAAUACAGGUGAAGGAAAAUGCAAACAGGCCAUUUUAAGUGAUGUGAUCUUAAAGUUAGAAGCUUACGGCGUUUUGAUUCAGUCAGUAAAAAACAAAUUGAACUAAAAAUAACAUGAAAUCGCAAUCGUAAAAUUCAAAUUUUUUGUUUUGACCCUUUAACCUCUAAGCGUGACUGACGUCUAACUUUUGCUUACAGUCUCGCCUUUGAAUCAAUUGUAAAUGUCACUAGCAUAAAGGAAAUCAGGAUCUCCGAUUUACACAAAUUCUCCUUGUCAGUAUUUCUCGUCCUAGUCUUCCCUCGGUUGUAGUAGGCUCUACAAGAGGCGCGUUAAAAAAGGGAGAUGGGAAGGAAGAUAGAGCAAAUGAGUAAUGCAUUUCCAUCGUCCCCUUAGUUACAUCUCCAUCUCUUUCGCACGCUUCUAGCGACAAAUAAGAGGCGGCACUACCAUUCUGAAUUUGUAAUAUGUUAUUUUUUUUCGUAGCUUCUGACGAAGAGAUAUUAAUUAUCCUUGGAAACGGUUUGCUGCCAGGCCGGCCACAAUAUAAACCACAGCCAUUCAAGCCUGAUAAAUCUUACAAAAAUAUUCCCAAGUGCAUGAAAAAAGAAUGCAUUAAUGAAAGCAAGAGUAUGUUUCAUCUGAUGGACACAUCCGUUGAUCCUUGUGAAGACUUUUAUCAGUACGCAUGCGGAGGGUGGCUCAGGAAACCCCUACCCGAUGAUCAUGCGCAGUGGUCCGUAUUUACUCGCUUAAGUGAACAAAAUGAAAAUUUACUAAAACGUCUCAUUGAAGAACAAGAGAAUUCAGGUAAGAAAACGUGACAAGUAGGUAUUAAAGUGAAAACGUUGACUAAAGGAAGCGUGAUUAAAGUACUUUGUUGUCGAUCGCGGGACCGCAAGUCACGCAACACUAAUUUACUGUGAUUGUGUCAAGGAAUAGACGAUUGAAAGCGAGUCAUUAUUUCUUAAUGUAGGGGAUGUAGAGGCCGGGAUGUUUUGCGCAGAUAUUCCUUGACGCGCGUGACAAGUGAUCUGUUUAGCCAACCACACUUUGUAAACCAAUGGGAAGCUAACAUUCACCUCCCAUUUCAUUUCGGUUCAGAAAGAAAAAAAUGAUCGUCUGAGUGGGGUAGUAGGGAUCACUGUUGGACUAACCACAGUCAAUCAAAAAAAAGAGAAGGAUCUAGCGCAGAUAUUGAUAGGAUGAGUUAUCUUAUAUUGUGAGGCCUUAAGCUGCCAUAGUUUUACUGAUAGGUUUGUGUUUGAUAAUGAUAAAAAUAAAGAGAAAAGAACUUCUCAAAUUCAAAACUUGAACAAAUAGAGCGCUUUUCGAUUGGUUGUCUUAAAACCAACGUAAUCUCAACGGCCAAUUAGAGGAAAAGGAAAUAUUUUUAAGCACCAAUGAAACUCAAAACCAACCACAUUGUCUAAAGCGCGGGAAAACGCGAGAGACCAAGUCGUGAUUAGUUCUCGUUUUGCGUCUGAUUGGUUGAGAGGGUGGCGCGUGUUUUCUGGACCAAUCACGGAGUGAUGUUACGAAAAGAUAAUACAAUCCUUAAAUGUACUGGUCUUUACGAUACUGAUUCUUAGAAUUUUUUCGCUUCCUUCUUCCGUAAAGAAUGGCUUUAUCAUGACGAGAAAUUCUGCUGAUUCAAAGUCUCUUCUUAUGUCUACAGAUAACAGUGUGGGAAAACUAGUUUACAACUGGUACGCUGCUUGCAUGGACGAAGAUGAACGCGACAGGCUGGGAGCUGGUCCACUACUGGAGUUAAUACACAACACCAUGGGAGAGCAGUUCAAUCCUUUUGUACCAAACGACUUUUCUGGUGAAGAUUGGGUACUAGAAGAUGUGUUGGGCAUCGUCCAUAGCAGCCUUAAAGUGUUUCCGUUUUUCACAAUAAAUUUGGGCAUCGAUCCACUGAAUUCUUCUUCGCCAACACAUCUCUCGGUGAGACCAGAUGAAGUAGGGGUUAAAUCAUUGUAAACAAAGACAUGAAUAGAAACAAAACAAACAUACGAAUGAGCUAACAAACAGAGGUACGAACGAACGAACGAAAAAAAGAUAAGCAAAAAACGAGUGAUCAAGUGUACGAACAAACUUACUUACUGACUAACUAAAGAACGACCGAGCGAGCGAAUCAACUAAUGAACAGACAGACAGGCGAGUGAACCAACGAAUUAACGAACAGACAAGCGAGUAAACCGACGAAUGAACGAACAGACAAGCGAGUGAACCAACGAAUGAACGAACAGACAAGCGAGUGAACCAACGAAUGAACGAACAGACGAGCGAGCGAACCAACGAAUGAACGAACAGACGAGCGAGCGAACCAACGAAUGAACGAACAGACGAACGAGCGGACCAACGAAUGAACGAACAGAAAAGCGAGUGAAGCAACGAAUCAACGAACAGACAAGCGAGUGAAGCAACGAAUAAACGAACUUAUGAACGUGAGAUCAAUCUCUGCAGAUGACAAAUUUUCGAGCUGGUGAUAUCUGAAAACCUAGAUCCUACCGUGUAGCCGUAACUGAAAUAUGUGGACCUUACAACCAGUCUGGGUACGAGACUAGGGUAGGGGUUCUGAGAGGCCAGCGGCACAUACGCUGCAAAACUAACACGAGUACCCUUUCAGGUGACUCUUCCCAGCUACACCCUACAUAUUUGCGCUUCUAGAGACGUUAAUUGAUCCGUAUGUCUUGUAUCAAUACGAACGUUUAUGCCCCAACAGAUUGAUGAAGCAAAACCGAUGAUGCGGUUACAUGACUCAUAUUUAUCACAGGAAGAGCAUAAUGUGUUGGUAAGUUAAUUGAUCAAAAUUUACAAUUUUUUAAACCGUGCAUGGUGUAAACAAUCACUCUGCUUUAGGAAUCGCACGUGUAAAUAAUCACUUCGGUAUGUUAAAAGGUUAGACAAUCAUAUACGCCUAUUUUUCUUUGACCUUUGAAAACUUGAAUAGAACCGCGAAGAAACUGGGUCAAUUACUUUUAUCACCGUACAAUGCAGGUUAGCUUUCCCUGAAGCUUGUUGUGGAUAAUUCAAGCAUAUCUACUUUGAUCAAAUUUUCGGCCUCUUAUAUAGAGAUUCUAGUUUUAUUAUUGGCUCAGAAAAACCUCGCUCUUUGGCCCAUACAUCAUAGUAUGACCAUAUGUGAUAAAUGAUUGCGCUCGGAGUUGCCAAGCGUAAAACUUCUUGGACAAAGUGGCUGAAAAGAGAAGACUUACAAGCUUUCUACAGAAAAAAUGUAACAAGAUAUGGAAAAACCCAAUCAGCAACGACAAAGAAAGCAUCAAAUUCAAUGAACUGAAUCGUAAAAUUUAAAAAAAAAUUGUGAGAUGCGCAAGUUAGCAACAUGAAUGCACGUGUAACUGCGGCGGUAACGAGUGCUUAUAUAAUGGCAGUAAUCUUGGUCUAGAGUUGGAGUACCAACAAUUUCGCUCUGAGUUAGAAGACUCACAAGCGGUUCAGUCCUAUUCAAAGACCAAUAUCAUCUCCCCGAUAUAUUUUUAUCAAACUUUUUUGAUAGUUUAUACUCAAAAUUAUGUUUCGCUCUUUCACUAAUCAGGUAACUCAGGCUUACAUGGUGUUGAUGGCAAAUCUAACGAAGCUUUUGGGAGCUCUAGAUUACCAGGAUGCGAAUUCUAUCAUCCCGGAACUUAAGGAAAUUUUACUCCUUGAAGUUGACCUGAUCAAGGUAAUUUUUUACACUGCCUCACUUCAGCACUUGUUUAAUAAGCUUGGGUAUGUUGUCUUACUAAACCAAUUUAUAAACUUGUAUAUACCACUGAGCAGCAAUGUUAUUUCCAAAGGCCAUGAAAAAUGAAGAGAAGGAAAAAGAGAAUGGUAAUAAAUGGACACUGAAGGAUUUCCAAGCGAAUCUGCCAGAGGUAUUGUACAUGAAAAGCGUCUAAGCAAUUAGUGCUGUAAAAUGAUUCACGCUGAAAGACAGCAAUUUGAAGCGACUUCUAAAACUGUGUAUGCAGACUUGAAAUGAAGCUUUCCACAAUCCGAGAAUUCUGGGAUCCGUUAAAUAUUUUUUAAGUCUUUGAUGGGACGUGAAAAAUAACACCUGGAGCCUCGAAUGUCGGGGUAUUGUGAGAUUAUAAUGACUUGUUGCAAGGUGAAAAAAUGGUAUGACACUUCUAAUAAAUAAAAAAUAAUAAAAAACUUCAUUCUUUUUCGAUAUUUGUGUCACUACUCUAGCCCCAGGGACCGAUGGGUUCCUAUUUUUGCCUUCGAUGCAUGAUCUCCGUCACUAUUAGUAUCUAAUAACCUUUCGGAUUUGCCUUAAAUCAAAUAGAGAACGGUCUACUGCGAAGAUUGAUGGGAGGGGGGUGGGGAGGGGGUGAGCCGUUGUACUUUCUGGUCGCCAUUGCAAUUAAAAUCUAAGUUUCCCGCCCACGAACGAAACCGCUGUAGGCGAAAGCUCUACUUGGAUUGAAUUGUUUUCUAUUUUUUCUCUUUUUAGUUUAACUGGACGAGAUACUUCACAGAGUUAACGGCAGAUUUGAGUAAUAACAACUCUUUCUCUGAAUCCGAAGUAGUGUUUAUCGAGGCUCCUCUUUAUCUGGCUGAGGUGGUGAAGAUUUUAAAGAACAGACCCAAAGGGUAAGACUAGAAGUGAUUGCAAUAAAUAAAUAAACUCUUGAUGAUUCAAAGAAACUUUUCAAGGGCGGGGUAACUACGAUAUCAACAAUUCACCGGUGAAUCUGUGGACUCGAUUUUAUAUUUGAACUGAAACUAUUCGACAAUUUUUUGUCACCGAGAUCUGGCGAAAAUUUGGAAUUGGUAGCUACUUAGACAAGUGUCCUUACUACUUUCUAGCGAAGCGCUCGUCAAUUAGACAUUCGGUAGGCGGCUUUUUUUUUUUCAGUUGCCUGUUGCACUCGCCUAAAAAACUAAUAAAUCAAAGGGAUAAAAAGAGGAAAAAUGGGUUAAUAAAAAAGAAUUGAUAAACCCUCUAAAGCAGGUUAAUCAAAAAGCUUUUGAAAAUUCUCACGCAUGGCCCGUUUGGAGUGACCUUCAGAGUCGUUUUACUGCAGGUUUACUUGGGGUGCCUGUGGAUUGAUCCUCCCUCAAAGUCUUUGAAAACUGUAGAGGAGUGACAACUGACUCUCAGACUUUGUCUAUUUAGAAAAUGAAGGCUGAUAGCAGUCAUACUGAUACCAAAAUCUUUCCAUUAGAGUUGUUGCCAACUACAUUACUUGGUUAUUAAUCCACGAGUAUGGCCCUUACCUUUCGACGAAGUUUCAUGACGCUUACUUGACGUUCGCGAAAGUAGCUUACGGGAUAAAGAGAGGAAGUGCGUUAUGGCGGCGGUGCGUGCGCGGUACGACCAAGUCUAUCGAUAUGGGCGUGUCUAUGUUGUUCGUGACUGACAAGAAGUCGGAGUUUACUAAUGGAAGUAUGCAUCAUGUAAGUAUCACAAUCUAAUGCCAAUUGCCAAUUUUGCAAUUGUCUAUUACACAAUUUACUUUGAGUGAAGGGCGGACACGUUUUAAACAGAACAACCAUUAUUAUUAUCAAUACAGUCAAACAGGUACCAAAGAAUCGGGGUGUUAUAUAAAACGAUGAAAAAUAGCUAUUUUAACCCGAUAUUGACCUUUUAAUGCCCAAAAACUCGCACAAAUUUACUGCAACAUUUAUUUCGGGAUAUGAACAUGGAGUAAAUCUUACUUGAAAGAUUAUUCUUAGUGUUUUUGAGUGAUUUCGCUCAGAGUAUACGUAACCUUGUAAUUGCAAUUGUAACAUUGAAACGCUUUUUUUUUUACAUUAAAACUGUUUGAUGUACAUCAGGCGGAUCAAAUGGUUGAGAAUAUACGUGAGGCAUUCAUUGAUAACUUAAAAUCCGUGAACUGGAUGGACGAGAAAACGAAACAGGCAGCUAAAGAAAAGGUGAGGCUUAAACGUCUCCACGUUUUGAAACAAUCACUAAAUAUUUUAUCCUGUAAUAUGUUUUGAUUUGAAUAUCUUUGUGUUGCAGGCGGAGGCUAUGAUUCAACAGAUAGGUUAUCCCCCAUUUAUCACGAGUCUAACAUCAUUAGAGCAGUAUUUUUCUGGGGUAAGUGACUUCAAGCUUUGUACAUUUUUUAUUCGUGUCUACCCUUCCUAUAUCCGGUAAUAACUGGUCCUUAUGAAUGCUUCGAGCGAUGUCUAUAUAUAUAUAUAUAUUUUUUUUUUUUUAUAGUUGGACGCUAACCCUAAGACGUUUUUCAACAAUCGACUCAUGGAAAACAAAAUAAGAAUGAAAAACACUCUGGCAGCAAGAGGUCAACCCCUGAGUCGCUUCAGAUGGGACAUGCUGCCGACUGAAUCAAAUGCUUAUUAUUCUGUUGAAAGCAAUAAAAUCGGUUAGUGGUGUGUUGCUUUGAAAAAAGACUGACUCUUAAAAUAUAGUCUGAUCCUAGUCUCGUAUCCAGACCUUCCACUGCCAAGCAGUUUUUUUUUUAUUACAGUUACACGUAGGAUUUGAGAACGGGAUCAGUCUGAUCUAUAAAUCAAUUAGAUAGAACUACGGAUGCUCAAACUCCACAACUAAAUAAAAAAAAAGGCUCAUAAAUAUAAAUCUAGUAGGCGAUAUGCUAAAUAGGGGGGCAUUGAAAAUCGCUUGGGUGAGCUGGGUUCCUACAUAAACAAUAAUUAUUAUUGUUGUUAUCUUCAUCACAACUAUUACUGUUAUUAUCAUUAUUAUCAUUAUCAUUAUCGUUGUCGUUGUCGUUGUUACUAUCAUCAUAAUAUUAUCGUAAUUAAUUGACGAGAAAAAAAUUCUUAUUCUUGGUACUUGAUAGUCUUAAUUCUUUGUUUCAGUUGUACCAGCAGGAAUUUUGAUACCUCCGUUUUAUCACAUUUCCGCUCCUCAGUAAGUAGAAAAAUCCCGAUUUUUUGUUAUUUUGUUUCUAAUUUGUUCUCAACUGAAAUCGUUGCUCCUUCAGUUGAGCGAUAUGCAUUCAGUUAUUUUCUAAAAACUGCUAAUUUUUUUCAUCUUUAUCAUAAUUUGUUGUUUCUGUUUUUAGUGCGCAAAAUUUUGGAGGAAUAGGAUUUGUGGUUGGACAUGAACUUACUCACGCAUUUGAUUCUCAAGGUGUGUGUUUUUAGCGACGCGUCCUGUAUUCUUUAUAAUACUAACCUUUUUAUAAAAACAAGAACCGUAGUUGCUACGUCUAAUCUUUCAUUCGACAAGGAAUAUUUGUCGAAAAAUCAAGACCUUCUAUAGUUGGUGAUCAUUUCCUUCAUUCUCAUAACCUUUCUGUUUUAUUCAGGGGUGAUAUUGUAAGGAGAAUCUAGAUGCUAGUCACUCUUAUGGGUUUAAGGGUUAAUAGAAAACUAAACACGCUUCUAUCCUUUUCCAGGUGCAAUGUUCGAUAAAAAUGGAAACCUGAAGAACUGGUGGGAUAAAGAAUCUUUUUCUGGUUUUGUGAAUCGAGAAGGGUGUAUGAAGCGUGAAUAUGAGCAGUACUCAGUACAGGGACGCCAUGUAAGUUAUUGCGGUUUACCCCAUCGUAAAACAUACCUACAGCAAAUCCUUUUUCCUGAAAGGGCACUAUAAUUGCAUCUGGUAUAAGUCUACUGAGGCCUAUCACUAAUGCUGCAGUCUGAUUACUCUCUAUUCCAUAUGAUGUGAUAAGCUGAAUAAUACACACAUUGAUCACACACACAUGAUCUAUUGGAAGACAGACUCAUAGAUAAUGUCACCUUUAACAACAUCGUUUUCAUGUAAAACAAACAGAUUCCAUGUUGCGGUGGCUCUGUACAGUAAUAGAUCACAGAUGACGUCAAAAUGUGGUAGGAACAUCCGUGACAUGCUCAGUUGCUCUCCUUCUGCCCACUCUUUUGUUCUCACUACAUCUUUGAUCUAUUACUGAACAAAAGGGAUAAGUUUCUAAGGAAAUUGUGCUGCUGCGUCGGUGGGAGAGUAUAACAGGGUAAUUUAGAGUUAUCAACUGAGUUGAUAAAGUAAAUUGGCCAUCGAGCGUUAGCCCUUUGUCAGAGCGAAUGACGAAGGACUAACGCUCGAAACGUCGGCUUUGAAACUCUUUUCAAUUUACGUUAUCAACUCUAACUUACCGUAUUACUAAACAGACGCACGGCAGCAUGAAAUCUCUUUGUUAAAAAAGAGGGAGUUAAGUGAACAGCCUAACACUGUGAAUGUGUAAACGGAUUAAAAUAACAGCACGAGCCUGUCUCGUUGUUAAGUUUUUAACGACAAAUAGAUCUAUACUUAAACAAUUGGGUCAUUCGCUCUCAAUUGUAUGCGUCACCGUCAUCAAACAUCACGCAAUAGAAAUCUAAAGCUCAUAAUCUAAAUGUUUAAGUAUGUAAUUUAAAAGGACUGAGAGGAGUACAGUUCAAGGAGGAAUUGUGUGAGAGAUUUCAAAUUGAUCAAGGAUGUAACGCGAGGAUGAUGAAUACGAGCACGAGUGCCCCUUUCCAGCUUUUAAGUAGAAGGCUGAUCUGAAGGCUGCUUUUUCUCAAAUUUCAUCACUUGGGUUAAAAUAUUCUAAAACCCUUUCGUUUCUCUCUUUAUUCUUCUACUUUACAAGCUUUUGACAUUUUUGGAUUCUGACCAAUUUUUUUCAUCACUGCAUUAGUUGGAUGGCUUAAAGACUCUAGGAGAGAACAUUGCUGAUAAUGGCGGUUUGAAACUUGCCUACCUGGUAAGGUUUUUCGAAUCUUAUAACAAAAUUGCCCGUGAAUCUGUAUCAAUAUCCUAUGUAUCUAUCAGAAAACGACCAAUCAUAGCCACCACGAUCGAUUCCCAGGAAGGCAAAGUCGCAAGAAAAUUGAAUGAGAGAUAAGCUACAAAAACCUGAAUACAUUCUUAAAGACGUUUAGUUAGAAAAUGGGGCGCAAGAGGGAGGGAGAAGGUUUGACUCUCAGACUCACCAAUGGUGUAAAAAAAGGAGAAUUUGUUUCACAAUCAGAAGAUUCACGCAACGUUGGGGUAAUUCUUAGAUCACUGACAUGCAGUAUCUGAGCAAUUGUGUGCAUGUCCCUCCCCUACCCAACAACAGUCAUCUGAUGACAUAUUAGGGUUAAUGUUGGGUUAGGGGAGAGGUGGGUGCCCUGUUGCUUCGCUAAUGACUUUGAUCCAAACUUUUUCUUGACGAUUUCUAUAAAGUAGCGCGAAAGAUUACGCUGGGAACAGUUCUGGUAUUGCGCACAGUCUACUGAGGUAAUUUUUCGUUUCUUGACAGGCAUAUCACAAGUGGUCAGAUGAGCACGAUCACGACAGUACGCUGCCUGGGCUUGGUCUCACCUCAAAUCAACUAUUCUUCCUUUCUUUCGCUCAGGUAUGAUAAGUGCGUGCAAAGAACUAUCAAGUCAUGUUCUAAUGUUCUAAAUGAUACUAAGCCAGACACAACAUAAUGAAAAAAAUUACGCAUUCUUUUUCUUAUUUAGAUUUGGUGCGAGAAAACCACUCCUAGUUAUGCAUUGACUGAUUUACAAAUUGACGUGCAUAGCCCGGGCAAAUUUCGGUGAGUAAUAAUUGCAAGGGGCCAUGUGUUUCACAAAGUCAGGAUACAGUACGGUUGUGUGUUCAAGUAGUUUGCUUUGUCUUGCGACAGUGUCUUGCCUGGCAUCCUUCUUUACAUCGAACAACUGGCGACUAAAAUUUAUCUUUGUUUAUCCUUGGUCAAAAGUGAUACUAAAGACUGAAAAUGAAAUAGUUGUUGACGACCCCAGGUGUGCACUGUGUACUCGGGUAGGAAGCUUGAUGUACGAUUGCAUUACAGCAUUUGAAUGUCUAUUUCAAAGCGAACGUUGAGGUAUUUGUUACUGAUUCACUCAAGUAGCUAAGCAGUUGGUGGACUACUUAGAGAGAGACUGUCCACAAAAAUGUAGACGAAGAAAUUUAACUUUAAAUUCAAAUAUAGGCCUCAUUCCUGUUACGGUAAUUUUACGGCUUAAGGUAUCUGGUCGUCUUGACACAAUGUUACAUAUAUCCCACUUGCUAUUUGGAUACAAAAUGUAGCUUGGUAAAGAACCGCGUAGGAGGUCCCUAUGCGAAAAAUUAGUUACACUAUAGAGAAUAGGCUACCAAAAGGAUAUUUUACAAUUGUGUACUUAGUUGCCAAGCCUUUGAUUUGGAGCGAGGCUGAAGGUGACUUUGUUGUGAUAGGGACCAGUAUCUAGUUAGCAUUAUAACAAAGUCCUUUGCAUUUGAAAAGCAGCUAGGUUUGUAUCAUAACAAGGUCAACCUUAGCCUCACUUCUGUUCAAAGGCUUGACAAUCAAGCAUACAACUGUAAAAUGGACUAUUGACUACCAGUGGGGGUGGGAGUGGGGGUCAUAAACAUAUUACAGAGCCUAAUGGGACAAAACCAAAAUUCUCCGACCCCACCCACCCACCCCUCAUUCAUAAAUGAUGACCUGUCCUUAAUCUUUUUCGUUUCUUGUCUUUAGAGUUGAUGUUACAUUAAAAAACAGUCAAGCUUUUGCCGAAGCCUUUAAAUGUCCAGCGAAUAGCCCAAUGAAUCCUGUCAACAAAUGUGCCGUUUGGUGAUUUCUUGUGGGAACAAAAGAGAAUUGUAUUAUUAUUUUUUUCAAAUAUGAGUAUAUUCCUUAUUUAUUUUCUUGAAUGGAAAUUUUGCCUGCCGACAAAACCUGCCAUUGAAUUGAUAAAAGCAAAUGUAUUAUUUAGAUUUGGAAUUGAAUACAGUGAAAACUGGAAAAAGGAUCACCAAAUACAUCUUUCUCUGUUUUUGCAUACGACGCACAGAGGAGGUAACAUUUAGUGAUAGUUAAACCCUUUAACUCCCAAGAUCGGAUUGUUAAUUCUCCCCUGUAGCUGCUACACAUUUCCUUGUAAAUUAAUUAUGAGAACUUGGUGUUAGAUCAGGAUAGCAGCUUCUACCUGAUAAAUUUGAAUAUUCUCUUUACCUGUUUGCUGAAGAAUGUAUGGAUAUUGUAGGGAGAAGUUUUAAGUUAAUCACUUCUGGGAGUGAAAGGGUUAAUAGAGGGAAGGGUGAUGUUUGGGACCUUUUUGUCUGUUAAACCUCAACACCUUAACAUUAGGAGCCAUACUCUUCAUACUCUACUCUACACCUUUUCUUUGGUACUGACAAGGAGAAUUUGUUUAACAAUCAAAGUUUCUUAGGUUUGGCGAUCGUUUCCUUCAUUCUCAUGAUCUUAGUGAGUGAUUCAGUAGUAGCAGUGUAAUUAGAAAUUAGAUGCUGGUCACUACGGGUUAAAAGGUUUACCAAAAUCUGUAAUGAAACAGAGUUGAUGGCUCAGUGGUAAUUAUGGAUAAUAUUUUAGUUUUAUAGUUUUAAUUUUAAAAAAAAUAAGAUUAAAACGAAAUUCAUCGAUCGAUGUUCUUAAACUGGGGAAAAGAAUUCACUUAACUAGAGUCAAUGCCGUGUCA